GGCAGCAUUAAAGGCUUCUUUGUGUUUACCUUUGAAUUUUUGACAGUUGAAGUUUGUUUUGGCUCAUUCGAGCAUUUUAUCAAGUCUAUGGGAUUUUUGGGAGUUUUGAUCGUCGGUUUAAGGAAAACCAUAGUCUCAUGGCAGGUGACACAAUGGACAUUGGGAAGCAAUCUCGUCUUUCACGUCCUCACAGAAUAAGUGAAUCUUCAAAGGUGUAUCGAUGGGCAGACCAGGCCACCUACCUCCUUCAAGGUUUAAAUGAGCAAAGACAGCAUGGCCAGCUGUGUGAUGUCGUUCUGGUGGCCGAUGACCAGCGGAUCCCUGCACAUCGGGCUUUGCUCGCAGUGUCCAGUCCCUACUUCCAAGCGAUGUUCACCUUGGGCAUGCGAGAGGAACAUGAGGCAGAGGUAGAGCUGGUGGGAGCCUCAUACGUUGGUGUUAAAGCAGUAGUGGACUUCCUGUACAGCGGAGAGUUACCACUCGAUGGUGGAAACAUCGACUAUGUCCUGGAAACUGCCCACUUGCUGCAGGUGUGGCGAGCUGUAGAUUUCUGUUGCCAAUAUCUGGAGAAAGAAGUACGUGAGGACAACUACUUGUACCUUCAGGAGCUUGCCUUCCUUUAUAGCCUAGACCGGCUGGAUGCCUUCAUAGACCACUUUAUUCUGGAGCAUUUCACCACGCUUUCCAUCACAUCCGAGUUCCUCCAAGAUGUGCGGCUGCCCAAGCUUUGCGCUUACCUGGCCGAUGAGCAGGUGCAGCACGAGAAUGAGCAAGCUCUUCUGCAGGUCGCCUUGCAGUGGUUGAGUCAAAGACCCGAACGUCUUGCGUUCGCCCAGCAGCUUCUCUCCAACAUUCGUUUCGCUCUCAUCCCGCCGGAUGACCUCAUAGGGCGCAUAUUGCCGGCCAUACGUUCCUUGCUGCCUCCGGACGCAGGCUGUGAGGCGUUAGUGGAGGAAGCAAUGGGCUACCACACAAGACUGAGCGCACAACCUAUACUCCAGACAACACGCACAGGCCUUCGAGGAGGUGUGGAGCGUCUGCUGUUAGUGGGAGGGGAGGUGUCUGAACGUGGAGAGGAGUUGAGCGCCGAGGUGUGCUGGCUGGAUGAAGAAGCAGGAAAGUGGGUUGUCGAGACACAGCUGCCAGCUCAGAGGAGUCACCACUGUGUUGCAGUUUUGGGGGGAUUUAUCUUCACUGCAGGUGGGAGCUCCUCGCGGGACAAUGGGGGAGAUUCUGCAAGCAACUUACUGUAUCGAUAUGACCCCCGAAGCAACUUGUGGGUUAAGGGUGCCCCUAUGAACCAGCGGCGUGUGGAUUUCUUUCUGGGAACCAUGGGAGACUGUCUUAUAGCCGUUGGGGGACGCAAUGAUAGCGGUGCUUUGUCUUCUGUUGAAGUGUACCAUCCUGCUGAGGACUACUGGGCCUAUGUUGCAGGAUUGCCCAGAUUCACAUAUGGUCAUGCAGGGACUAUUCACAAUGGCAUUGUCUAUAUCUCUGGGGGUCAUGAUUACCAGAUCGGCCCGUACAGACGUGACAUGCUAAGUUAUGACCCUAAAACUGCAGACACAUGGACAGAACGACAGGCCAUGAUCUUGGCACGAGGCUGGCACUCUAUGGCAUCUCUGGAGGACAGAAUCUAUGUCAUUGGGGGCAGUGAUGACCACGAGGACAGCAUGGAGCGUUUCGACGUGUUGGGAGUGGAGGCCUUUGACCCGCAGACCGAUCAAUGGACCAAGGUAGCCCCUCUCAGGUACCCUAACAGUGAGGCAGGGGUGGCAGUCUUGGAUGGAAAGAUCUACGUGCUGGGAGGGUACACCUGGGAGGCCAUGGACUUUUCUCAGGGCACUCAAGUGUUUGUUCCAGACAAGGGCCAAUGGGUUUUGGGUCCAAAUCUACCGAAGCACAUUGCUGGAGCUUCGGCGUGUGUGUGCCUUGUCAGACCCCAGCAAACCAACAGUAUAGAGGGUCAUACCUCAGAGAGAGACAAACAGAAUUCCAGCCAAGAGCAACACAGGUGAUUGUCUGGGGCAGCUUAUUGGAUUCAAAAAGUGAUCUGAAGAACACCUUUAUGAGAGAAUUGACUUUCUGAAUGUAGCCUGAUGCCAUUGGCUGCUUCUCAGAUCCUUUUAAAAAGAGGUCAGCAGGAGAUACUGUGAUAUGUUAGACUAUGAAUUGAAGUUGAAAAGCACAAACUAAUAUUGUAGUUUUUGUUACAAACUUUUUUUGGAGUUCUCAAUUCUUUUGAGUUACAAUUAAAACAACCUGAAGUGACCAUUUUA